AUGUCUACUUUUGCCAAAGCCACGUUCUCUGCAACCCGCUAUGCCGUCUCUCGGCCUUCCUAUCCGCCUGCGCUAUACGAAAAAGUCCUAGGUUACCAUAAAGGACAGCAACGACUAUGUGUCGACCUGGGAACCGGCCACGGUUUGAUACCCAGAUACUUGGCAUCCAGCUUCGACCACGUGGUGGGGUUGGAUCCUUCUGCUGGCAUGGUUGCCGAGGCGAAAGAGCGAAGCAAAAGUUUCACAAACUUGAAGUUCAUGCAAUCCUCCGCAGAGAAGAUGCCAAUGAUUGCCGAUGACUCGGUAGAUCUCGUCACUGCUGGACAGGCCGCCCACUGGUUCAACCAUACCGAUGUGUUCAAGGAGCUCCGCCGAAUCCUUCGACCACAGGGUACUUUGGCCUACUGGGGAUACAAAGACCAUGUACUGGUCAACCGUCCGAUCGCGACCAAGGUGCUCAACGACUACGCAUAUGGAAAGGAGAAGAAGUUUCUCGGUAGUUAUUGGGGCCAGCCGGGCCGCUCGAUUGUUCAGAAUUUGCUUCGGUCUGUGCAUCCCCCUCCGUCUGGUUGGGCAGACAUUAUGCGAAUAGAGUACGAGCCCGAAGCUCCUGCAAACUCUCCCACUCCAAACGAGAAGUUGAUGUUCAAGCGUAUGCGCUUGGGGGAGAUGGAGGAGUAUAUCCGUACCUGGAGUUCGGUGCAUUCGUGGCAGCUCGAGCACCCAGACAGGGUGCGAAUACGCGAUGGUGGGAAAGGCGACGUUGUCGAUGAGAUGAUGGAAACCAUGGUCGCAUCUGACCCAAGCCUUCAAGUCAAUGGCGCUAAUUGGCAGGAACUUGAUAUAGAUGUCGAGUGGGGUAGUUACAUUCUGCUUGCACGUAGAAACUAGGUGUUAGUCCAUAAGCAAUAUGACUAGUACCUAUUUCAC